AUGUGGCAACAAGUGGAGUUCGUCGAGACCCCUAAUUGGACUCGAGCUGAAGUUCUUCAGCGAUUCUGGACACAUUUAAGGGUGGAAACACAAUUCCGAACUUUACUAUACUAUCGCUUGAGUUCUUGUGACUGCUGGCUCGAAGAGGUUUUGGGUACCACUGAUAACUCAACGACUUUGCUGUGGAACGAUCGGACAUACCCACAUUAUCUGAGACACCGACAGGAUAUGGACAUAUUGGCAGUGGCUUGCCUGAGAUUCGCGCAGUAUAAGGAAGUUCUGCUCUCGUUGAGCAUAAUGCUGGAUCAAAUACUUAGUAUGCCUGUGGUAUUGCAGCUUUGUAAAGAGGAAGAUCCUAUUGAAGAAGAGAAAUCCGCCUGGUUAUUAUUAAAACGAAGUCAAGAGUUAAAGAUGCCAAAUGUGCUGCUGGUUUCGUGGAACUUUUUCACCUCCAGGACAUUUUACGCCUUUGAUUUGUUUCCGGAAUUAAAAGUUACGAAACUAAUAUAUCAAGGGAUUCUUACCCUUUUUCCCUAUAAGCUGGGAAACCUGCAAGGACAUCCCAUUCGUACCCUGCCAGAUAAUUCUCAACCACAUACCAUUGUGCAAAAAAUGGAAAAUGGAUCCUUUGACAUUUCCGGUCCCGUGUGGCAAUUUAUGGUCGAAUUCGCUCAAUAUUUAAAUGGCAGUCUGCAGCUGCCCAUGGAGCCAGUUUCUGCGAAAACCCUAAGAUACGUGCAGGUCCUGGACUUGGUAAGGAACAAAACCUUGGAUAUAGCGGCCAGUUUAAGGCCCUUUAUUCAUGUGCAGCGUUCUAACACUCACAUCAUGGGCUAUCCCUUCAUGGUGGGUAAUUGGUGCGUGAUGUUGCCAACGGAAAGAGUAAUAACCAGCCAUGAGGCAUGGCUCAGGUUGAUGGAAUCACCUUGGACCUGGCUCUUUUUGCUAUGCCUCUACAGUUUGCACACCUGGUUGAUCCAACGGAUACGUGUAUCCUAUCCCACCAUUCAACUGAUAAAACCUUUAGCAUUCCUGGCGAUUAUCUGCUUUCUUCAGGCCCAACUUUCAGCCUACUUUAUUGGUCCCCAACAGGUUAGACAUAUAACCAAUAUGGAUGAGGUAGAGCAAGCUGGUCUUAAAAUUAGGGGAAUGCGUGGAGAGUUCAUGGAAUACCCCAUUGAUAUGAAGAGCAGGUACGCCUCAACCUUUCUGCUGCAUGAUUUCUUCUUCGACUUGAUAAAAUACCGGGAUAGUUUCAAUACCUCAUAUGGAUAUACAAUGACCUCUAUUAAGUGGAAUUUAUACAAGGAGGCUCAGCGGAACUUCCGGCGACCUUUGUUUCGCUACUCGCAGGACAUUUGUGUACAGAAGCUCUCACUUUUCUCCCUAAUUAUGCAAAGCAACUGCUUACAUCGCUACCAAUUAAAACUGUUCAUCUUCCGAUUGCACGAAGCAGGACUUAUUCGCCUUUGGUAUCGACGAUCCUACUACGUCAUGUUGAGAACAGGACAUUUUCGUUAUGGGGACAUUACCACAUCACACCACACACAUGCCAUUCGUUGGUCGGAAUGGCUUUAUGUGUUGGCAGUAUUUGGUAUUGGGCUUUUAUUUUCAACGCUUGUGUUCGUCAUUGAGCUCACUGUUCACUAUGUAAAUGUUUACUUGCAAAACUUGUAA